AUGUCCUUAGAGAAAGUCCAUAGAGAAAGUUUUAAAAAUAGCAAACGCAAACGACCUGGUAAGGUGAUACAUAUCGAUUUGACGGACGAUGAACCUAAAGAAACAACUGUAUGCUGUGGGGAGAAAAAAAAAUUCACGAGUGGGAGUUUACGAUGGGUCAAAAAAAUUCUAGAGCUAGAUAAAGUUAAAAGGAAAAAUGAACGUGGUAAGAAUAAUAAUAAUAAUAGUGAUGUCCAGAUCGUUGAUGCUCACAGUACUGCUAAUUAUGGGGAUAUUAAUGAUAAAAUGCCAAAUUAUAAAGCUGUAUUUGUUAAUGAAGUUAGUGAGAUUACCGAUAAUUGCAGUAGAAAUAAUAAUAAUAAUAAUAAUAAUAAUAAUAAUGCUAUCACUAGUAACAAUAACAGUAAUAAUAAUAAUAAUAAUAAUAAUAAUAAUAAUAAUAAUAAUAAUAAUAAUAAUAAUAAUAAUAAACCAGAAAAUUUAUUAUUAUUUUAUAAUGAUAAAUUAAAUUAUGAUUUAACUGCUAAACAAUCUUGUUCUAGUAGUAAUAAAAGUUCAAAUGAUGUACAGGAAUUAAUUAUAAAUAAUAGAUAUAAAAAAAUUAAAAAUAAUGAUGAUGAUGAUAGUGAUUAUGAUAAUGAUAUAAAAAUAUGUCCUGUUACGACUACUGUCAGCUCUGAAGAUUUAUCUGGUGAUAGUAUUUUUUGGGAUAAUGUUAAUUUAUUCAAGUAUAAUGAUUAUAAAUUAGAAUUUGAUAUGGAUAAUAAUUACUCUGAUUUAAAACCAACCUGUGAGAUAAAUUUAAUGAAAGGAGAUGAAGUUAUGACGGAAAUGGAGAGUGAUGUAGGAAUUUUGGAUAUUUUGCAAGAUGUGCCAAUUGAUAGACCGGGAAAUUGGAGCUACUUGUUUGAUUGUCAUUUGGCGAAUAUUGAAUCUCCGGAUGCGAUUUUGUCGAGUACUGAGCUGAUUGAUCCGAUGGUUACGAAGAAGGGUUUUUCUAAGCAUAAUUAUAUGGUCUCGCUGGGGUUGAGUAAAAAAGAUUGUGAAGAGAAAAAUAAUGAAGGUGAUGAAGCUUUGGAAGGUCAGUUUGAUGAAGAUGAUGAUAAGAAGGAAGAUAAUUUUGAUGAUUUUGGGAGACAGUCUUCCUCUGGUGUUUCUUCCACUACUUUAAUUAUUUCUGAACAGUGCCAACCGAGGGUAGAUGGGAAAGCUAAUCGACGAAGUAAGGAAGUAAGGGGGAUUAUAGAACCCGCAUUGAAGAAAAAGAAGAAAAGUAAAAUUUUUCAGCAUAGAAGAUUGCAUUUUAAAGAAGAUUUUGAGUCAUUGAAAAAAAAUUAA